UCCAUGAACGCGUUAUCAAAACCGUGAUCACUGCUACUCGCACAUUUUUGCUUGACUCGCUAUUUUUCCACCGCCCGACGCGCCGCUUUCUCUGUCCGUCUCCGUCUCCAUCUCCGUCUCUGUUUAUUAUAGAAUUUUCUCGAAGCCGACAAUUUCACCAAUUUAAUUCUUAAAACCCACUCCCAUUCUAGAGCAAACAAACAAGAAAAAGAAUGGGUGUUGAUUACUACAAUCUACUGAAAGUUAACCGGAAAGCAACCGACGAUGACCUCAAAAGGUCGUAUAAGAGGCUGGCGAUGAAAUGGCAUCCCGAUAAGAAUCCGGUUAACAAAAAAGAAGCUGAAGCUAAGUUCAAGCAAAUUUCUGAAGCUUAUGAUGUCCUUAGUGACCCUCAAAAGCGUCAGAUCUAUGAUCUUUAUGGAGAAGAAGGGCUUAAGUCGUUUGAAUUUGGUGGUCCUGGUGAUGAUGGAAAGACGUCCACGACGACGCCGAAUACCACGUUCCGGUUCAAUGCUCGAGAUGCGGACGACAUUUUCAACGAAAUUUUUGGUGGAUCUGGCGGCGCCGCUGGUGGUGAGAGUGGCAAGAGUGGGUUUUACAGAAAUGGAGAGACGGGGAACCAAGGGUACAAGAAGGCAGCUGCGGUUGAAAGUAAAUUGAUUUGUAGUUUGGAGGAGCUUUAUAAAGGAGCCAGAAGAAAGAUGAGGAUUUCGCGUUCUGUUCCUGAUGAUUUCGGUAAGGCAAAGACUGUUGAAGAAAUCUUGAAGAUUGAUAUAAAACCAGGGUGGAAGAAAGGCACAAAAAUUACUUUCCCAGAAAAGGGCAAUCAAGAACCUGGUGUUAUUCCAGCUGAUCUGAUCUUCGUAGUGGAUGAGAAACCUCAUGCUGUUUUCAAAAGAGAUGGUAAUGAUCUUGUUGUCAAUAAGAAAAUCUCAUUACUUGAAGCCCUUACAGGGAAGACUUUUGAUUUGACAACCUUAGAUGGAAGGUAUCUCACAAUUCCAGUAACUGAUAUCAUCAAACCUGGUACUGAGAUUGUCAUUCCAAAUGAAGGAAUGCCUAUUUCAAAAGAACCACACAAGAAAGGAAAUCUUAGAAUCAAAUUUGAUGUUGGAUUUCCAUCAAGACUUACAGCAGAACAGAAAUCUGAUCUUAAGAGGGUUCUGGGCAGUAUCGAUACUUAGUUUAUCAGAGUCGGAGUGAGCUUUUGGUUUUGCUGAUCAUCUAUCCACACUAAUUAUUAUUCAUGUAAGUUAAUUAUUUUAAUGUAAAUACUUUUACAUUUUCCACUGUUCUAGAUCAUCAAGAUUGUGCAUAGUAGGAAGAAAGUGAGAAGCAAUUUUAAUUAAGCAAUAUUGUUGGUUAAUGUGGCAUGGGAUGGGAAGAAAAAUAUGAAUAUCUACUGUCAGUAGCUGCCACAAGAUGACUCCUAAUUUAAAAUUUGUAUACUAGUUAUCUAAUUUUAUAAAAUCUUCAUUGCUUUGAAGUUAAAGAGGGAAAAACUCCUCAACAUCAUGUAUUUUGGAAAUGUUGAAAUUUAAUAUCAAUGCAUUGAAGGGUUUCA